AUGGUUCUUCCUUCUCCUCGAUUACUUCCCCUCUUCCUUCUCGCCCUGACCGUUCUCUUUCCUUAUACUACUGUCGACGCCUCCUCCUGCCCAGCUCCUAACGUCACCCUCCCAAGUACAGUCACACAGUACUCCUAUAAAGUAGGCGUGCUCGCUAUCCGAGGCGUCGAUGCUGCCUACGAGCAGUUCAACCUCACCUUCGGAGAGUACCUCAACAGGAAGCUCGGAGACGUCUUCUAUCCUAAGAUCAGCUUCACCAUGGUACCUCUGAACUUCACCACCCUCUACACGUGGGUAGAGACCAAGUUCGUCGACUUCAUCUACGUCAACCCGUCUGCCUACUCCUGCAUCGAGUCUCAGUACGGAGCCUCGUCCUUGGUAAGCCAGAUAGGAGCGCAGAAGCUUGGCGACAAGACGUACGACUUCACCCUGUUUGGAGGCGUCAUCUUCGUCCGAGCCGACAGGACGGACAUCAAAACCAUCGCAGACCUCAAGGACAAGUCAAUUGCGGCGGCUUCGAUAUCCGGGCUGGGGUCGGGGCAAGCGCAGUUCCGCGUCAUGGUCGACAACGGCCUGAACUACAUCCAAGACCCUGCCCAGCUGGUCUUCACGUCCAACCAAGGUACUGUGGUCAACAUGGUGUACCAAAAGAAGGUCGACGUCGGCUUCGUACGCACCAACCAGAUCGAGCUGAUGGAGAGCGAGGGUAAGACGAAGAAGUCGUAUUUCCGGUAUCUGGCGCCAGUCAAGGUAUACGAGAACGGCCAGCCGUACCCUUUCGAGUCUUCGACGGUCUUGUAUCCCCAGUGGAACGUGGCGGCGCUCGAUCAUGUCAACUGGCUAGUGCAGCGAGAGGUGCAACGAGCUUUGAUGGAGAUGAAGGCGACGGACCCUGCCGCUAAGGCCAGUGGGUCAGCGGGAUGGAUCCCGACGCUGUCGUACAUGGAGCUAAGGAACAUGCAAGAGUCGCUGGACUUCAUCGCCAAGAACCCCGUCACGGGCCAGAUGGAGUGUAUCCGAGGUACAGCGAUCUAUGACUCCAUCGUAUGUCCCCCAGGAUACUUCAAGAAUAGCCCCCAGGAUGUAGCGGACGGAUGCUCAAGCCAGGGGCGAACGUGUCCGUCGGGGUCACAGUGUGUCUGCAAGCCUUGCACUCAGGCCUUCGACGUGGAUGUGUUCCAGGAAAUCAACAGCACUCAAGCUGCAGCAUAUGUCAAGAACAAGGUAGGAUGUCCCAAGAUGUCAGUGUGCGGCAUCACGUCGCAGAAGACUUCGGUUAUCUUCAGGGUGCUGGACAACCUUCAGAGAGCUAACCUGAACGUCAGCUUCAAGCUUCACACCUUGACUAUCCAGGAGGGCACGGCAGAGGCGCUGGGCAGCUAUCAGUACAGGUUGUCGCUGGACAUUGCGGAAAAGGGUCAAUGGCUGGUGGAAAUCUUCGCAGACGGCGUGCAGAUAUCACAGUCCCCGCUUUUCAUUGAAGUCAAAAGUCGUGACUGCGUGGCUGAGUACGGCACUCAUCAUAUUCCAACAGCACAAGGAGAAUGUGUUUGUGACAGUUACUCAGUUCGUUCGGGGUCUAAUUGUCUCAGCCUUGCCUGGUUCAUCCCUGUCAUCGUCGUUCCUGUUGUCUUGGUUUUGAUGGUUUUGGUCUGGCUCUGGCUGCAGCAUCAGAUCAGGAAACAAGACUCCCUGUGGCUGGUCAGGCCUGAUGAGCUUCAGUACAACAACCCCGUCGAGAUCCUUGGACGUGGCACCUUCGGACUUGUUGUGCAAGCUGAGUACAGAGGAACGACAGUAGCGGUCAAGAGGGUGAUCCCCCCGAAGAAGAACAAGGACCGCAAGAAAAGCUCAACAAACCAGGUUGUUCCUAACGCUGCACAUGCUAGUAUGGCUGCAGGACCGGGAUCGUCAAAACACUUCACUCGGGGAUCUUUGAAAGGAUUCUCUACCAAUGGUACAGGAUCUGUGAUGGGUCUGAGCUCGGGUUCUCAUAACAAAUCUUCUGACGAUGAUGAUGACAUGGAAUCUGGCCUCCUGUCUUUCUGCGUCUUCAAGAAGGACAAGCACGCCGAGCUCAAGGCUAACUUCGUCCAAGAAAUGCGUAUCCUCUCCAAGCUCCGCCACCCCUGCAUCACCACCGUCAUGGGCGCGAUCAUCGGAGACAGGAACACGGAGCCCAUGCUCAUCAUGGAGUGCAUGGAUCACGGGUCUCUGUACGACUUGCUCCACAACGAGACCAUGGUGAUCGAGGGGGAGACAAUCCUUCCCAUCCUCCGCGACAUCGCUCAGGGCGUGCGCUUCCUUCAUGCAGCAGACCCGCUCAUCGUCCAUGGCGAUCUCAAAGCACAGAACGUCCUGGUGGACUCAAAGUUCCGAGCCAAGGUCGCUGACUUCGGUCUCAGCCAGAAGAAGCAGCUGGGAGCUUGCGGCACUCCCUUGUGGAUGGCCCCCGAGCUGCUCAACGGAGGGACCAACACUCCGCAGACCGACGUGUAUGCCUUCGGCAUCGUGCUCGCAGAGGUGUACAGCCGCAGGGAUCCGUAUGAGGGAGAGGAUACCAGGACGGUGCUGGAGGAGGUGGCCGAUCUCAAACGGCCGGUGGACAAGCGUCCUGCCAUCCCUCCCGCGUGUCCCUCGGACGUGGUGAGCAUCAUGAAGGACUGCUGGCACAAGAACCCUGUCUUCCGCCCUCCCUUCGAGGAGGUCGAGCGCCGCCUGAAGGCUCUGGAUGCUCAGCAUGCCGGGCCAAUUUCGAGCUUGAUAUCAGGAUAUCAACCGCACAGGCCGUCAAAUGCUAGUGGAAAGUCGCACGAGGAGCUUCUAUACGACGUGUUCCCGCGUCACGUUGCAAACGCUCUGCGCGAAGGUCGCAAGGUCGAGCCUGAGCGCCGUGACAUGGUCACCAUCUUCUUCUCCGACAUCGUCGGCUUCACAACCAUCAGCAGCACCCUCGACCCCGUCAAGGUCUCCAACAUGCUCGACCGGCUCUACUCGGUCUUCGACCGCUUGUCCAGCACCUACGGCGUCUUCAAGGUCGAGACCAUCGGCGAUGCGUACAUGGCGGUGACCAACCUGGUGGAGGACCAGCCCUUCGACCACGCCUUGAGGAUCGCUCGCUUCGCCAUCGGAGCCAUCAAGGCUGCGCAGUCGACCCCCGUCGACCUUGACGAUCCUUCCAAGGGCACCGUGCAGAUCCGAGUCGGCUUCCACUGCGGGCCAGUGGUGGCCAACGUGGUGGGGACGAGGAACCUGCGAUACUGUCUCUUCGGAGACACGGUGAACACAGCUUCGCGCAUGGAGUCCAACUCCGAGGCUCUCAAGAUCCACUGCUCCGAGCGAGCUGCCGAGGUGCUCAAGAAACAGGCAGAGGGGACGGAAGUUCACCUGGUCCCUCGCGGCACGAUCCAAAUCAAAGGGAAGGGAGAGAUGAAGACGUUCUGGGUAGAGAGUUCUGUUUCUCCUCGAUACCUGGAAGGGAUCGAACCUGUCAAGAUGGAACCUGAACUCAAGACCAUCAAGGAGGCGAGCGAUGCUCCUGUAGGAAACCAGAAUGUUGAGAUUGCAGUGGAAAGAGGAGGGGAGGAAGAGAAGAUCGUGCAACCAGAUGAGGCCUCACUGGGGAAUGUGGAGAUAGGUCAGCAAGCUGCUGGAGUGGGACAGGUGCAUUGAGAAGUACCUCUCUUCGUUGAUGAGGGGGAAUAAGAUUGGGAGGCGAACGUGUUAAUAAAUGUAAGAGAAGAUGAUGA